AUGCCUGGUGUAUUUUUUAUAGUGUGUAUACCUUCUAGUAAUUAUGAAUAUAUGCUCAAGUAUGGAAAACCGAAAGAACUGGUUUCUAUAGAAGAUCCGAUGGAACGAUGUAAAUUAGAAGUGGAGUUACGUAAUAAAAAAGCGAAAAGUAUCCCGGUACAUCUUACCCAGUGUUAUUAUAAUGUGUAUAACGAUCGGAAAUUACAAAAGGUUGAUGAAAACGAUGGUCUAGUUACAAUGGAAAAUAUUUUGCACGAGCUCCUAAAAAAGCUGGAAAUAGAACAUGUCGUGUGGAUGAGCGAUAAAGCGGGCAAUUAUUUCGAAGUAAUGUUCCCAGUUUCAACAGGAGAUAAAUGUGAGACUACCCUUCACUGUCUUACACAGUUGGGUAUAGGUGUUUGCUACAGGUCAAUUGUGAGCGUUCUUCCAUGCAACAUCGUGCAUUCAGCUUUUGAAAGAAGAGGCGCAGAUGAAGAGAUGAUCAAGACUGAAGAAGCUAGACGGUGGCGGCAAUUCGUAGAGUCAAUACGUUCAAAAUUAACAGUGAAGCAAGUUGUAGAUGGUGUCCGAGGUGGUGGUGAACUUUCAUUCGAUUACUUGACGCUGAUAAUAACAGCAGACUCUCUGGCGGCCCUUGGCCUAGUUGAAAAUAAUGCAUCAAAUAUUGUAGCUGCUAUGUUAGUGUCUCCGUUAAUGGGUCCGGUCAUGUCAAUUACAUUUGGCACCAUCAUAGCCGAUAGAAGCCUCGUUAGGAGCGGCUUUGAAAGUCUCAUAAUGGGCAUGCUGGUGUCUUUGUUGUUUGGUUUUAUUUUCGGACUCAUUUUGGGGACGACGGAAAUGCCGUGGGGAUAUGGUGACUGGCCGACAGAAGAAAUGAAAGCGAGGGGUAACGUUAGGUCAUUGUGGAUGGGAGUGUUAUGGGCGCUAACAUCUGGAACUGGGGUAGCUUUAGCCCUUCUUCAAGGAAGUGCUGGACCUCUUAUAGGCAUUGCUAUAUCUGCUUCUCUACUUCCGCCAGUAGUUAAUUGCGGAUUAUUCUGGGCAUUAGCUUGUAUAUGGCUUUUAUAUCCUGGCGUGAAUAUACCCCACCUAAAAGGCGAGCCCUUCACGGGCAAUUCAACAUACGAGCCACUCUACCACACUUAUUUGCCAAUUGAGUUCGCCAUUAAUGGAAUAGUUAGUUGUUGCCUUACUAUCGUCAAUGUUAUAUGUAUAUUUAUAACAGCUAUUAUAUUCUUAAAAAUAAAAGAAGUCGCAGCUCCAUAUACGUCAACGCCAGAUCUGAGAAGAUUUUGGGAACAAGACAUCAAAGUAACUAGAGAAGCAAAUAAAAGUAAUUUUAAUGAUUACGAUGAGAGAGCAGAAUUAAUUCUGGAAGACACAAAUAAAGACGAUGCAGAAUUGAAAGAGAAAUUAGAAGCGGCUGUACAAGAGGCUCUUGACGACGAAACUUAUCGGAAAGUGAAGCGCAUGAGUUACCAAAGCCACAAUGCUGACGAGGUUUUCCGUACAAUAGGCUUACAAGCCAGAACCCCUUCAUCAAUACGCUCAAGCGUAAUAUCUAACGGAAUGUCCCCAAAUGUUAACCAAGAAACAAAUGCUACCGACAUCGCUUCCCUGGACAAACUUCUCACAUCUCUAUUGGGUCUCAAACGAAAAUCUGCGUGCAGAUCGCAUUUCGGAACGCCUAGAACGAGUCGAAUGCCAACUUUAGAGGAAACAUCAUUGAAUCGCCACUCAGAGAUGUGGCGAGAUAAUAUGUACGAGGACUCAAUUGUACGUAGCGUCUUACAAAACGUGAGAAACAGUUUGAGAAAUUCUCAAAGCGACGAAAAUUUUUUAACACCUAAUUAA